AUGCUUUCCUCGUUUAUGGCAGCUGCAGGAUCAAUGCUUUCCUCAAUUAUGGGAAUUGCAGGAUCAAUGCUUUCCUCGGACAUGGCAGCUGCAGGAUCAAUGCUUUCCUCAAUUAUGGGAAUUGCAGGAUCAAUGCUUUCCUCGGACAUGGCAGCUGCAGGAUCAAUGCUUUCCUCAAUUAUGGGAAUUGCAGGAUCAAUGCUUUCCUCGGACAUGGCAGCUGCAGGAUCAAUGCUUUCCUCGGAUCAAUGCUUUCCUCGUUUAUGGCAGCUGCAGGAUCAAUGCUUUCCUCGUUUGCUGCAGGAUCAAUGCCUCAAUUAUGGGAAUUGCAGGAUCAAUGCUUUCCUCGUUUAUGGCGCUGCAGGAUCAAUACUUUCCUCAGUGGGAAUUGCAGGAUCAAUGCUUUUCCUCGUUUAUGCAGAAUUGCAGGAUCAAUGCUUUCCUCGUUUAUGGCAGCUGCAGGAUCAAUGCUUUCCUCAAUUAUAUUGCAGGAUGCUUUCCUCGUUUAUUGCAGGAUCAAUGCUUUCCUCAAUUAUGGGAAUUGCAGGAUUCUUUCCUCGUUUAUGGCAGCUUUCUCGGAUCAAUGCUUUCCUCAAUUAUGGGAAUUGCAGGAUCAAUGCUUUCCUCGUUUAUGGGCUGCAGGAUCAAUGCUUUCUUGCAGGAUCAAUGCUUUUGGCAGCUGCAGGAUCAAUGCUUUCCUCAAUUAUGGCAGUUGCAGGAUGGGAAUUGCAGGAUCAAUCUCUUUCCUCAAGGCAUUUGCAGGAUGCUUUCCUCGUUUAUGGCAGCUGCAGGAUCAAUGCUUUCCUCAAUUAUGGGAAUUGCAGGAUCAAUGCUUUCCUCGUUUAUGGCAGCUGCAGGAUCAAUGCUUUCCUCAAUUAUGGGAAUUGCAGGAUCAAUGCUUUCCUCGUUUAUGCGGGGCAAUUAGAAAUUGCAGGAUCAAUGCUUUCCAAGCUGCAGGAUCAAUGCUUUCCUCAAUUAUGGGAAUUGCAGGAUCAAUGCUUUCCUCGUUUAUGGCAGCUGCAGGAUCAAUGCUUUCCUCAAUUAUGGGAAUUGCAGGAUCAAUGCUUUCCUCUCGUUUAUUGCAGGCAUGCUUUCCUUAUAGCAGCUGCAGGAUCAAUGCUUUCCUCAAUUAUGGGAAUUCGGAUCAAUGCUUUCCUCGUUUAUGGCAGCUGCAGGAUCAAUGCUUUCCUCGUUUAUGCAGGAACAAAAGCUUUCAUCGGUUAUGGCAGUCAAUUCAAUCCUCGUUUAUGGCAUUUGCAGGAUCAAUGCUUUCCUCGGUUAUGGGAAUUGCAGGGCUUUCCUCGUUUAUGGCAUUUGCAGGAUCAAUGCUUUCCUCGGUUAUGUCAGUUGGGAUCAAUGCAGGAUCAAUGCUUUCCUCGUUUAUCUGCGGGAUCAAUGCUUUCCUCAAUUAUGGGGGAAUUGCAGGAUCAAUGCUUUCCUCGUUUAUGGCAGCAGAUCAAUGCUUUCCUCGUUUUGGCAGCUGCAGGAUCAAUGCUUUUUCCAGGAUCAAUGCUUUCCUCUUUUAUGGCAGUUGCAGGAUCAAUGCUUUCCUCGUUUAUGGCAGCUGCAGGAUCAAUGAUUUCCUGGGUUAUGGCAGUUGCAGUAUCAAUGCUUUCCUCUUUUAUGGCAGUUGCAGGAUCAAUGCUUUCCUCGUUGGGAAUUGCAGGAUCAAUGCUUUCUCGUUUAUGGCAGCUGCAGGAUCAAUGCUUUUCAAUUAUGGGAAUUGCAGGAUCUGACAUGGCAGCUGGGUUAUUUGCAGGAUCAAUGCUUUCCUCUUUUAUGGCAGUUGCAGGAUCAAUGCUUUCCUCGCAUUUUAUGGCAGUUGCAGGAUCAAUUCUUUCCUCUCGUUUUUCCUCGUUUAUGGCAGCUGCAGGAUCAAUGCUUUCCUCGGUUAUUGCAGGGCAUUUGCAGAUCAAUGCUUUCCUCUUUCCUCGCUUUUCAUUUGGCAGUUGCAGGAUCAAUGCUUUCCUCGUUUUUAGGGAAUUGCAGGAUCAAUGCUUUCCUCGUUUUGGCAGCUCGGUUAUUAUGUCAGGAUCAAUGCUUUCCUCGUUUUGCAGGGUCAAUGCUUUCCUCGGUUAUGUUGGCUUUCCUCGUUUUUGCAGGAUCAAUUCUUUCCUCGGUUAUAGCAGUUGCAGGAUCAAUGCUUUCCUCUUUUUCCAGUUGCAGGAUCAAUGGCUCGUUUAUGGGAUCGGGAUCAAUCUUUCCUGCAGGAUCAAUGGGUUAUGGUUGCAGGAUCAAUGCUUUCCUCUUUUAUGGCAUUUGAUCAGGAUCAAUGCUUUCCUCUUUUUUCCUCGGUUGGCAUUUGCAGGAUCAAUGCUUUUCGUUUAUGGCUGGGUUAUGGCAGUUGCAGGAUCAAUGCUUUCCUCUUUUAUGGCGUUGCAGGGAUCAAUGCUUUCCUCGAUUGCAGUUGCAGGAUCAAUCUUUCCUCGUUUAUGGUCAGUUGCAGGAUCAAUGCUUUCCUCGCCUCUGAUCUAUCUAUCUAUCUAUCUAUCUAUCUAUCUAUCUAUCUAUCUAUCUAUCUAUCUAUCUAUCCCAGCCUCUGAUCUAUCUAUCUAUCUAUCUAUCUAUCUAUCUAUCUAUCUAUCUAUCUCAGCCUCUGAUCUAUCUAUCUAUCUAUCUAUCUAUCUAUCUAUCUAUCUAUCUAUCUAUCUAUCUCUGAUCUAUCUCUAUCUAUCUAUCUAUCUAUCUAUCUAUCUAUCUUAG